GCACAUAUGAUUUUAUGAGAAAUUUGGUUUUGGUAUUCUCCAGUGAAACUGACUAUUGUGGAUGACGGAAAGAGGACAUAAAAGUCAGAAUGGGUGGUGGUCGGCGCGAGAGUGGUACUUCUAUCAUUGAGAUCCCAUUGGUCCAUGUGCAGCAGCACCUCUCCUGGGAUUGUGGCAUCUCUGCCGUCAUGAUGGUACUAAGAGAUGAAGAUAGAUCUUUUAUGAAAGAAAAUUUAGAUGCCAUUUCCAGAGAGGAAGGAUUUUACAAAAGCACUUGGACCAUCGACCUAGCUUACCUACUGCAUAAAUUUGGUGUGAGACACAUGUAUGCAACUGUUACUUUAGGAGUGAACCCCGGCUACUCUCAAGAGGAUUUUUAUCAGCAAGUUUUGAAAAAAGAUGCUGAUAGAAUCAAUGAGAAAUUUCUUACUGCUGCAGUAAAUGGAGUAAAAGUGGAGAAGAGGUCAGUGAAUAUAGAAGAAAUCCUAUUGCACCUGGAAUCCGGUAACCCAGCAAUAGUGCUUGUGAACGCCAAUUUGCUCUUUUGUGACACUUGUCACACCAAAAAGUGCCUGAUGCAGAUGCUUAGCUGCUGUAACAGUAGUUUUUCCUACCAAGGACAUUACAUAGUUCUCUGUGGCUAUGACAAGCGAGAGACCAAAGUGCUGUACAGGAAUCCUUCUGUUUUUAACAAAGUGUGUCAGAUGCCAUAUGAUUCUUUUGAAUUGGCUAGGAAGAGUUUUGGAACAGAUGAAGAUGUACUAUUUGUAUUUCUGCGAUGUUGAUGACUGCAUUUGAAUAAUUAAAUCUCAACAUUGACUAGUGUAUUUAAUGCAUCUGGAUUGCUGUGCCCAGCUCUUUCUCCUAAGAAUAAAGUUGAGAAACAAAAGGGUGUCUAUGGUAACGAAAUGAAAAUUUAACUUAAAGUAUUAUUUAUGAAAAAAGUAAUGUUUUGAAGAUUUUCUUUUAGAGCAAUACACUUUUGUGUCUAUAUUGUUAAAAGUUACUAUAAAUCCAGAAAAAUGGAACGUCCUAGCCAUUUUUCUUUUCUUCUUGAUAAAUAUUAAGUGGUGCUUCAAAGCAAUUUUUCAUGUUUCAUCUUGCGAUUUCU